AUGCCACGCAGUAUGAACACAUCGUCUCAUACUAUACGCGUCAGAGAAGGCUUUACAAUGGACGCCGCAGCAUUCGCCCUGAUGCUUCCCCCCAAAAUGCAAGAACGAUCAAGGCCACCAUCGCCGAUUUGCCCCACAAAGGCCUUCUUCCCAGUCUACCUGAAUCCACCGCCGUCACCAAGGGCCUCGACGCCCCGCAUACUGCCAACACCAACCGAAAUCCCUCCUGAGGAUCUCGAAGACCUGGGCCUCGCCUCCUGCACGAAACGAGCCAUUGCCAAAGAAGUCCUGACGCUCGUCUCGGAGCGAAACCGGGCCAAGCGCGAGAAGAAGUCCCGCUAUCAGGAAGAGGAACAGCGGGCGUUUAUCGCGUCUCUGGAAUCAUGCCGGCAGGCGAGGGAAGAGGAGGGAAGGAAUCAAAGAUUGGCAAGCGAGGAGGCGUGGGAAGACGUUGACGAGGCACGGAGGUACGUUGAACGGUUUCUCGACGACAAAUGGGAGGAGCAGAGGGUGAACAUCCAGAUCGACAGCGAGUUCAACAUGGAUAUGGUGGACUUGACUGCCAUAGGGGCGAUGAAGAGGAAGGAGGGUGUCAAGGCUUGUAUGAAGUUGCUGGCGGCGCCUGUCCUCCACGAAAAGGUUGCUCUGUCGCUCUGGCGGACGCUGGUAGGGCAAGUCUCGGAGCGGGAGGUGGUGGAGGACACGGAGGAGGAAGAUGAGGCGGAGGAUGAGACGACUCCGAAUUUUCUGACUUCGGCUUCUACUUCCAAAAGAUCUCUCGGAUCCUCGUCGACAAAUCUGCGGUUCCGCACAGAGCAGAGGCGCAUGACUGUAUCGAAUGACAGUGUCUCUAGGGCAGGGAUACCGCCAUGGCCCAAAAGAGGAUUGUCGGGGAAGGUGCAGGAAAAGCCGCGUCCAUUCAUACCAAGAAGGGCUUCCGCGGACAACGUGGGGGUCGGUCUGGCUUCAUCGUUGAAGCUGACGCCGUUCUCAUCAGAUGCACAAGGGAUCGAGGCAUGUGCGACGAUUCGACCACCGAGCAGACCCGGUAGGGCCUCGAGCAGCCUCAAUCGGACGAUGUCUUCUUUCGGAACCAAGAUAGGGCAUGGCUAUGGCGGCUGGGUACCAGUAGAGGAACUCAGCCAAGGUUUGUUGAAAUUGAGUUCAGGAGACGUCGACAGCAGUACCAUGACAGAGGAAGGGAACAUGGUGGCUAUCACAUAA